AUGAGCGACGCCGGCUACAUCUCCUCCAAUGAUGCACGGGACACACCGUCGGACACGGCUACCGAACGCCGGUGUGACGCAGAGUUGGGAGCCGAUGUCGCCAAGAUUAGACAGGACAAAGGCCGAACUUUACGGAAGUCUUGCGACCGAUGCCACCAGCAGAAACUCCGUUGCAUUGGCGGCGGCCGGACCACGCUGACCCGGUGCUUACGCUGCCAGCGCGCCGGAGCCGAGUGCGUGUACAGCGCGAGAUGCAACAAACAGAGCCACAGGAACAAGAAUGACGCAUGCGACUACGUCCGUGUGAAGCCUUUGUCUGCAAAAUCCGACACGUCGAGGUUGGCCGAUAUCGAGACCGGGUUUGACCCCCAUCUGAUGAACUGCGACGAUCUCUUCACACGCCUUCCCUCCUGGGACACUGCCUCGCUUGCUGGCUACACCAUGCCGCUGCCUCCGAGCUCCGGCUUCUUAGAUGUAUCGCUGAGUGCCGGUGAACCGUUCUCCAUCUCAAGCAGCUCGGCUACUCCCGAGCUUGAUUGCGGACUCCAGGACAGUGCUUCUGACCUACCCGGACGUCUCGCGAAUGUGUGCCAGGCUUUGGAAGCGGCUUACACGAAGGUGCUAGGGGACCAGGCCACUCAGGCCACUCAGGAUUGUCCCAUAACCGAAGCCUACGGCGUCUUCGACCGUUUUCUGGCAGUGCUAAUGGUACAUGAAAUGGCGGCCAUCAUGACGCCUCGGAUACCUCAGACGCCCUCGGACGAGUACAUGCGGACCAAAUUGGCAUCGAUGGCGGUGCACGGCUACGUCCUGUGCAUGAAGCUCAUGAGGUCCUUCUCUGAACAGGUGCUUCUCAGCCUCCUGGCAACGCCUCUCCCGGCAUCGCGUCUUUCUCUCUCGGGCCCAAGGUCUUCAGACGCGCCACGCCUGGGAGCUCGAGCGCACUUGUUUUCUGGCACGGGUCACGUUCCAAACAAUCCCAAGCUGGGGGACAUGUAUGUUUCCAUGACCGACCCUUUCCAGCACGUCCUCAACUCCAAGCUCAACAUACUCGAGACGGGCAGCAAGUUGCUCAGCAAUAUGGAGCACUUGCUUGGUAUUCCUCCCGACCUUGGAGGCGGCAGUUUGUCGUCAGCAAGUCGAUCUUCAGAGCAGGUGGUGCUCGAUUCGCAUGUGACCCCGUCGUUGCCGGCACGCCUCGUCGCAUCCAUAUGGGAGGAUGAUGCAAGCAUAAACAAUACGUCUGUUGUAGCAUACUUCCGGCGCUGCCGUGCCGCUAUCUUGGGCCUCGCAGAUGUCGCAAGUCCAGCACAUCAAUAG